CUUACAGACUUUGUCAUCUCAGAAAUAUUUCACCUCCACAUCCAACACUAACUUUGCUUUUCAUCCAGAUGGAGGUCUUCACAAAGCAGCUCACAUGGGUGGCUCUCUGCAUCACCAUAUUCGUGAUGUCAGGCUCUACUGAAGGUGCAAGUCUUCUGGCAUUAAAAGCAGCCAACAUGGAGACAUUAACCACAUAUGACUUUACCAUGGACAUCACAAACCGCAUAUUCACAGAUUCUCUGCUCAACUCUUUGUCUAACGACUAUAACAUUAUGUAUGAGGAAGUUAGCGGUGUGUUCUAUUCAGUCUACGGCUGCUCCACUUGUGACACAUAUGAAUUUUAUCAAGGUGUAACAGCAAUGACCUUCAGUAACAAUGCUGGAUCUGUGGUUGUUCAGGCCACCAUCAGGUUUGACUCUGGACAAACCAAUUCCAUCGUGAUCAAAAACGUAUUUCUGCAGGCCAUCAGUGGCAGAAAUGAAAUAAACGGCCUGGAAAUCAACCCUAAAACCAUGCAGGUGAAUCCAGGACCAACGAGUUUCUCCAGCACUCCCCCAUCAACCAAUACCUAUACCACUACCCCUACCCCUACCACUACACCAACCACUACAUCAACCACUACAUCAACCCAUGAAACACUAACGUGUGACCCCUUUUGGUCAACCAAUAGUCCUAUGCUUUACAUAAUUAUGUCAUGUCUUACAACUACUCCUACCACCACUACUACAACUACUCCUACCACCACUCCUACAACUACUCCUACCACCACUCCUACAACUACUUCUACCACCAUUCCUACCACCACUCCUACAACUACUCCUACCACCACUCCUACAACCUCAAUGCCUACAACCAUUUUUAUAGUCUACUAAAAGAUAGUAGAGACAUUCUAAAUCAUUUUGGUUUAUUUAAAAAAAAAAGUGAAAAAAAAAAAACUCAACACAAUUUAUGUAAUUAGACAUAUGACAUUAACAUCAGACUGAAACACAUACAGGACUGUGCAAAAAUCAUGAGCCAACCUUCAUUUCUUCAUAUUGCAAAGAGCCAGACUUUCUUGUACUUUUAAUGUAAUCAAUUUUGGCCAGUUUUUUGGUUCUUAUUUUCAGUCCAGUACCUGAACCUGAUUUGUUAGGCCACACAGUGAUCUAUGAAUCAUUCACACAUAAAACAUCAUCUAACUUGAGGCAUGAACCAGUGAAAAACAGGUGCAGAUGAUGACAGAUGAUCAGGCCCGUGAUUAGUGUACUGGUGAUGCUAAAUGCCGAGAGGGUGAUACAGAAGAGGGGGGAAUUAGGUCGCUCCUGAGGUUGUAAUAUAAACACAAUUAUAUCACAACCUCAGAAUGUUAUAGUAAAACAUUUGUUCUUAUUUCAUCAAUUGAAUUUGUAUAAUUUAAUGUCAUUUCAUUUAAAAUAAACUUGAUUGGCUUAAGAUUUUUGCACAGUACUGUAAAAUAACCCCCUUUUUUUCAUUUAAGGUUUGAUUAAAAUGUAAUAUCACAACUUCACUGGCCUCUUUUGGGGCCCCAACUGUGUUCAAACUCUAGCUGGGUCACCAGCCAAUGCCUGUCCUUUGGAAGCGGGACACCCAGUGGAGGCAGUGAUGAGGGAGGACAGACGUACCUAAAUUCAACAUGUGCUUAACUAUAAUUCUUUUCAGAGAUACAAGAGGUGUCAGAGCACAGGCAAACAGCAACAAAUUAGAAACAUCAAUAUAUACUAGAUGGUAAAAGGACAGAAAAAAACAUAAUGCACAUGUAGCUAAGAAGAAAACAGGGAAAAGGGCUGGGUUUAAGACUAAUAAUGCAUUAUAAGACUCAAAUUAAAUAAAGAAACAGCAGACGAUACAUAGACAAACAAGUUAAGACUAAACUUAGGACAAGAGCACACACAAAAAAAAUUAUCUCUCACUAGUUUCGUACAGAAUAGGAGUGGAGUAAUCCCUCCAGACAGUUUCCCAUGUUGCUACUGUACACUCACACACAUAAAAACAAACUCACUUUUGUUUGAUUGCACAUUAUUUAAUUUACCAAUAAUGGAAUUGGAUAGCAUUUGUAUUGUAUGUUUUUUUUGUUGUUGUUGACAUUUUAUGAAGUUUACGAGAGUUAUGCCAAACAUCAAUCAUUGCUCUUAUUUAUUUUUUUCUAUAUGAUUCAAUUAGCUACUGUAUAAUUUAAACCUGCCAUGACAUCUUUUAUAUCAUCCUUUCCCAUUUAGUAUUUUUCUUACCAUUACCAUUAUUUUCACUUCAUCAUUGGAGAAAUGGGUGCAAAUUUUCCUACACUGUCCUAAUGGUUAUUGUCAACCACACAAAAUAAAUAAAAUAGAAUUAAACUA